CUUGAGUGAGUCACGGAGGAGGCGGUUACUGCCUCUCGCUCUGCGGUAGUCGCCUGAGGCGUAGCGUUUCUGCGGCGCGUCAUGGCGACUCAGCAGAGGCCUUUCCACUUGGUGGUGUUUGGCGCCUCUGGCUUCACCGGCCAGUUCGUGACCGAGGAGGUGGCUCGGGAGCAGGUGUCCCCAGAGCGGCGCACCAGCCUGCCCUGGGCUGUGGCGGGCCGUUGCCGGGAGAAGCUGCAGCGAGUGCUGGAGCGGGCGGCCAUGAAGCUGGGAAGACCGACACUGCCGUCUGAAGUUGGAAUAAUAAUUUGUGAUAUCACUAAUCCAGCCUCACUUGAUGAGAUGGCUAAACAGGCAGCAGUUGUUCUCAAUUGUGUUGGACCAUACCGAUUUUAUGGAGAACCUGUCGUAAGAGCAUGUAUUGAAAAUGGAGCUAGCUGUAUUGACAUCUGUGGAGAACCUCAGUUUCUAGAACUAAUAUAUUGGAAGUAUCACGAGAAAGCUGCAGAAAAAGGGGUUUAUAUCAUUGGAAGCAGUGGCUUUGACUCCAUUCCAGCAGAUAUGGGAGUAAUAUUUACCACAAAUAAAAUGAAUGGUACACUGACUGCUGUGGAAAGUUUUCUGACUCUACAUUCAGGACCUGAGGGGUUGUGCAUUCAUGAUGGAACCUGGAAGUCAGCAGUUUAUGGUUUUGCAGAUAAGAGUCAGUUGAAGAAACUACGAAAUGAGUCACAUCUGAAGCCUGUCCCAGUUGUUGGUCCAAAACUGAAAAGAAGGUGGCCAGUUUCUUACUGCAGAGAACUCAACAGUUAUUCCAUUCCUUUCCUGGGAGCAGAUGUGUCUGUUGUGAAGCGGACUCAGCGUUACUUGCAUGAAAAUUUAGAGCAGUCACCUGUUCAGUAUGCUGCUUAUGUAACUGUGGGAGGCAUCACCUCUAUUAUUAAGCUGAUGUUUGCUGGACUGUUUUUUUUAUUCUUUGUGAGGUUUGGCAUUGGAAGGCAACUUCUCGUAAAGUUCCCAUGGCUCUUUUCCUUUGGUUAUUUUUCAAAACAAGGCCCAACACAAAAACAGAUGGAUGCCUCAUCAUUUACGUUGACAUUUUUUGGUCAAGGAUACAGCCAAGGUCUUAGUCCUGAUAAGAGCAAGCCAAAUAUCAGAAUUUGUACUCAGGUGAAAGGACCAGAAGCUGGCUAUGUGGCUACCCCCAUAGCCAUGGUCCAGGCAGCCCUGACUCUUCUAAAUGAUGCCUCUGAUCUUCCUAAGGCAGGUGGAGUCUUCACUCCUGGAGCAGCCUUCUGCAGAACAAAGUUGAUCGAAAGACUCAACCAACGUGGUAUUGAAUUUAGUGUCAUUAGCAGCUCUGAAGUCUAAACAGUUGAAUAAUUAACCAAAGUCAUAAAGUGCGUGAAUUAACAGCUUUUUAAUUUGGUAUUUGAAAUUCUUUAAGCCUAUCUGACUACAUGUGGAAAAGACUGUCAAUCUAAAAUAUGUGUACCAUAAAAGCAGGAAAUCAUACUAACUUACCCUAAAUUUCAAAUCUUAGCUGAUUUGUGAUUUUAGUGCUUAUGAGAGGAAACUAGUAUUUGGCUGACUUUUUCAUUGAAGAAUUCAUGGUCAGUUUUUAUAAGGAAGCUGGUAGAUCCGAGGGUGGGAUGAGUAGCUGUGUGUUGCUGGCAUAUCCCUUGAUGAAACACCCAGGCUGGUGGUCAUAUCAGACAGUAACUACUAUUUUUCUUGCUAUGAUACUGAAUGGAUCUCACUUUCCCAUGAGUUUGACUGCAAAGUGUAGGCCUUUGCUAUUUUAGCUUAGUUUUUCACCCAUCUACGCAGACUGAUUUUGGACUCUUACCUAAGUUGAAUAAUAAAGGAUUAUCAAUUAAACAGUG